AUUCAUAACAUAAACCUUCGCCGUAGUGGGAUUCGUAAUGAGGUAAAAAUGACCGUCACAUCCGGUUCUGUAGUUUACGUCUGCUGAUCCAUGUGGACUGUCGUUUUGAACGAUCUGAAAAAUAUACAUCUAUGCAAGGUUAUAUCGACUGUCACUGUCAUAUUUCUGCCGAGGAAUUUGACAAUGACAUUGAUGAUGUCAUUGGAGAGUCUAAAAAGGCUGGGCUUGUUGCCCUUCUGGCUGUAGCAGAGCAUGCUGGUGAAUUUGAGAAAAUUAUACAGCUCUCACAAAGGUUCCCUGGAUUCAUUAUGCCAUGUCUUGGAGUUCAUCCUGUCCAAGAUCCAGCACAACCCAGAGGAGCCUUACCUGAGGAUUUAGAUGCUGCAUUACCGCUGAUUGACAAAUACAAAGAUCACAUUGUAGCUAUUGGUGAGGUUGGCCUGGAUUUCACACCACGUGUAGUUAACAGUGACUCUGGGAAAGACGGUCAGAGACAGGUACUCAUUCGACAGGCCGAAAUCGCGAAACAGUUGAAUCUGCCUCUGAAUGUUCACUCAAGAUCUGCUGGAAGACCAACCAUCCAUCUUUUGAAGGAGCUGGGUGUAGAAAAUGCACUGCUUCAUGCAUUUGACGGAAAACCUUCGGUUGCAAUGGAGGGUGUAAAAGCUGGUUAUUUUUUCUCAAUACCUCCAUCCAUUGUAAGGAGUGAUCAGAAGCAGAAGCUGGUGAAGCAGGUUCCUCUGGAGAGCAUGUGUUUAGAGACAGACGCUCCUGCAUUGGGACCUGAAAAGCAGGUGAGGAAUGUACCAAGGAACAUCAGCAUUAGUGCCGAAUAUAUCGCCAAAAUCAAAGGAAUUCCCUUGGAGAAGGUCAUAGAGGUCACUACCCAGAAUGCCCUGCAACUUUUCCCCAAAUUAAAAACAUUUAUCAAAGCUUGACAUUAAUACUGCACCUCUGCAAAGCUGCAUAAAACUGUCCUUUAAACAAACAAAUGUGUUUUGUUGUGUAGAAAAUGUGAUCAUGAAAAAAAUAUGUAUUUUUUUUCAGAGGACAUUGCUUAUUUUCAUUUAUUUGACUGAAAAGUGUAAAGAGUAUUGCAGUGAUUAAUCAGUUGGGUUUUUUGACUCAGGAUGUAGCCUGUUGUUCCCAUUUAAUGGAAUGACUGCAAAUGACCACAGCUACCAAAGCAGAAGAAAAGUCUUUUGAGAAUGUUUUUUUUCUUUGUUGUGAUGUCAAACAAAUAUUGUAUCAUUGAUUAAAAGCUGUAAUAAAAACAUAAAAAUAUA